GCCAGAGCUACACGCAGCGACCCGCGCGGCAAAGCGGAAGGCAAGGCGAACAGAGUGGCAGUGGCAGCGGCGAGCCAGGCGACAAGGCACAGGCAGCCCAGGCAGCCCGGGCGGCCCCAACAGCCUCACCAAACCAGCCUGCACCACUCCAGCUGCUCCGCGGACUGCGAGCUGUGGCGGUAGAACCCGCUACAGUAAUCGCAGUCUCCGUGGAGCGGGCGGAAGCCUUUUUUCUCUUUUACGUUUCCCUCUUCAUUCUACUCUAGAGGCUUCGGUAACUGAUAUUCUGCGGGUUGAUACAAGGAACUGUCACAAUCGUGCCUGGUAUGGACUUGUUGUCCGGGACGUAUAUAUUUGCGGUCCUGUUAGCAUGCGUCGUGUUUCAGUCUGGCGCCCAGGAGAAGAACUACACGGUCCGAGAAGAAAUGCCAGAAAACGUCCUGAUAGGCGACUUGUUGAAAGACCUCAACUUGUCGCUGAUUCCAGACAAGUCCUUGACAUCGCCAAUGCAGUUCAAGCUAGUCUAUAAGACAGGAGAUGUGCCACUGAUUCGGAUAGAAGAAGGGACUGGAGAGAUCUUCACUACCGGAGCUCGCAUUGAUCGUGAGAAAUUAUGUGCUGGUAUCAUGCUGGAUGCCCGUUGCUUUUAUGAAGUGGAAGUUGCCGUUUUGCCGGAUGAAAUAUUUAGACUGGUUAAGAUACGUUUUCUGAUAGAGGACAUAAAUGAUAAUGCACCAUUAUUCCCUGCAACGGUCAUCAACAUAUCAAUUCCAGAAAAUUCGGCUAUAAACUCCAGAUAUGCUCUCCCAGCGGCAGUUGAUCCUGACAUCGGAAUAAAUGGAGUUCAAAACUACCAACUAAUCAAGGGUCAAAAUAUUUUUGGGCUUGAUGUCAUUGAAACACCGGAAGGAGACAAGAUGCCACAACUGAUUGUUCAAAAGGAGCUAGAUAGGGAAGAGAAAGAUACCUAUGUGAUGAAAGUAAAGGUUGAAGAUGGUGGCUUCCCUCAAAGAUCCAGUACUGCCAUCUUGCAAGUAAGUGUUGCUGAUACAAAUGACAACCGCCCAGUCUUUAAGGAAAAUGAGAUUGAAGUCAGUAUACCAGAAAAUGCGCCCGUGGGCACUUCAGUGACACAGCUCCAUGCUACAGAUGCUGACAUAGGGGAAAACGCCAAGAUUCAUUUCUAUUUCAGCAAUCUAGUCUCCAACAUUGCCAAAAGACUGUUUCACCUCAACACCACCACUGGGCUUAUCACAGUCAAAGAACCACUGGAUAGGGAAGAGGCACCAAGCCACAAGUUACUGGUUUUGGCAACCGAUGGUGGAUCAAUGCCUGCAAGAGCCAUGGUGCUGGUAAAUGUUACAGAUAUCAAUGAUAACAUCCCAUCCAUUGAUAUAAGGUACAUCAUCAAUCCAACCAAUGGCACCGUGGUUCUUUCAGAAAAUGCCCCACUCAACACCAAAGUUGCUCUCAUAACUGUGACUGAUAAGGAUGCUGACCAUAAUGGUAGGGUGACGUGCUUCACAGAUCAUGAAGUCCCUUUCCGUUUAAGGCCAGUAUUUAGUAAUCAAUUCCUCCUGGAGACAGCUGCGUAUCUCGACUAUGAGUCCACCAGAGAAUAUGCCAUUAAAUUGCUGGCUGCAGAUGCUGGCAAGCCUCCUUUGAAUCAGUCAUCCAUGCUCCUCAUCAAAGUGAAAGAUGAAAAUGACAAUGCUCCAGUUUUCACGCAGCCUUUCAUAAGUAUUUCCGUUCCUGAGAAUAACUCUCCUGGCACUCAGCUGACAAAAAUAAGCGCCACGGAUGCAGACAGUGGACGGAAUGCUGAGAUCAGUUACCUGCUGGGUAUUGAUGCUCCAUCCGAAUUCAAUCUGGAUCAUCGUACAGGCAUUCUGACCGCAGUGAAGAAACUAGACAGAGAAAAACAGGAAAAAUAUUACUUCACAGUUCUGGCAAAAGAUAAUGGAAUACCAUCCUUAAUAACUAAUGCCACCGUCUUAGUGACUGUUCUUGAUCAGAAUGAUAACAGCCCAAUUUUCACGCACAAUGAGUACAACUUCUAUGUCCCAGAAAACCUUCCAAGACAUGGCACAGUGGGACUCAUCACGGUAACUGAUCCUGACUAUGGAGAGAAUUCUGCGGUCACUCUCUCCAUUGUCGAAGUGAAUGACGAGUUUACCAUUGAUCCACAGACUGGUGUCAUCCGACCAAAUAUUUCAUUUGAUCGAGAAAAACAAGAAUCUUAUACUUUUUAUGUAAAGGCUGAGGAUGGUGGUAGAGUAUCGCGCUCUUCAACUGCCAAAGUAACCAUUAAUGUGGUUGAUGUCAAUGACAAUAAACCUGUUUUUAUUGUUCCUCCUUCCAACUACUCCUAUGAAUUGGUUCUACCAUCCACUAGUCCAGGCACAGUGGUCUUCCAGGUAGUUGCCAUUGACAAUGAUACUGGUAUGAAUGCAGAAAUCCGUUACAGCAUUGUAGGGGGGAAUGCCAAUGGUCUUUUUAUGAUUGAGCAAACAUCAGGAAACAUCACACUGAAAGAGAAAUGUAUUGUUGCAGACCUUGGUUUGCACAGAUUGGUAGUAAAAGCUAAGGACUUAGGACAACCUGAUUCCCUCUUCAAUGUUGUCGUUGUCAAUCUCUUCGUCAAUGAAUCAGUGACCAAUGCUACACUGAUUAAUGAAUUAGUGCACAAAAGCAUUGAAACGCCAGUGACACAAAAUGUUGAGACGACUGAUGCAUCCUCACCAACCAGUGACUAUGUCAAGAUCAUGGUUGCCAUUGUUGCCGGCACCAUAACUGUCGUCCUAGUGAUUUUCAUCACUGCUGUUGUGAGAUGUCGCCAAUCACCACAUCUUAAGGCUGCUCAGAAAAACAAACAGAAUUCCGAAUGGGUUACUCCAAACCCGGAAAACAGACAGAUGAUAAUGAUGAAGAAAAAGAAGAAGAAGAAGAAGAAAAAUGCCCCUAAGAACUUGCUUCUUAACUUUGUCACUAUUGAAGAAGCAAAGGCAGAUGAUGCUGAUAAUGAUGGAAACAGUGUCACACUUGACCUUCCUAUUGAGCUGGAGGAGCAAACCAUGGGCAAGUACAACUGGGGCACAACACCUACUACAUUCAAGCCUGAUAGUCCUGAUCUGGCCCGACACUACAAGUCUGCCUCUCCACAGCCAGCUUUUCAGAUCCAGCCUGAAACUCCCCUGAAUUCUAAGCAUCACAUCAUUCAGGAACUGCCUCUUGAUAACACGUUUGUGGCCUGCGAUUCCAUCUCCAAGUGUUCCUCCAGCAGCUCUGAUCCCUACAGUGUGUCUGAAUGCAGCUAUCCAGUGACAACCUUCAAGGCCCCUGUGUCUGUGCACGUCAGACCGACAAUGAAGGAGGUGGUACGAUCUCACACCCCCAUCAAAGAGUCAACCACUGUGGAGAUCUGGACUCAUCCUCAACCACAGCGGAAAUCCGAGGGGAAAAAGGCAGGAAAGGCUCAGCGGCGUGUCACAUUUCACCUACCAGAAGGCUCUCAGGAAAGCAGUAGUGAUGGUGGACUGGGAGACCAUGACGCAGGCAGCCUACCCAGCACGUCCCAUGCUCUACCCCUUGGCUAUCCUCAGGAGGAAUACUUUGAUCAUGCUGCACCCAACAACCGCACUGAAGGGGAUGGCAACUCUGAUCCUGAAUCUACUGCAGAAAUAACUGUUCAACCAACUGUGGAAGAGGCCUCUGAUAACUGUACCCACGAAUGUCUCAUCUUGGGCCACUCUGAUGCCUGCUGGAUGCCAGCUUCUCUGACACAUUCCAGUCCAUCACAGGGACAGGCCUCUGCACUCUGCCGCAGCCCACCCCUGACACAGUCCACUCUUCGUCGCCGCAGUCCUCCGGUGACACAGACCAUCGCUCUCUGCCACAGCCCUCCAACGACCCAGGCUAUCGCACUGUGCCACAGCCCUCCACCAGUGCAGGCAUCUGCUCUCCACCACAGUCCUCCUCUAGCACAGACCACUGCACUUUGUCACAGUCCACCACCGGCACAGGGUUCAGCCCUGCGCUAUAGCCCUCCCCUGGCACAAGCUGUUGGGGUCCGCCGCAGCCCUCCUCUGCCACAGGCUGCUACCUUGCAUCGCAACCAGGCCCAAGCACCAAUAGCUAUGCAGCAGGGCUGGGUGCAGGGGGCGGCAACUGAUGGAUUGCGUACUCUUGAUCAGAGUGGGCAAAGUAGUACAAGAGCUCAGUUUUACACCAUGUCCGAUAGAAUCCAUCACAGCGAUGAUUCAAUCAAGGUCAUUCCCUUGACAACCUUCACGCCAGGUCAACAAGCCAGACCUUCUAGGGGUGAUUCCCCGGUGAUGGAAGAGCAUCCAUUAUAAAUCUAAACUAGACAGGGUGUAUAUAAUCCAAGUUCAUGAUCCAAUUUGAAUAAAUAAUCCAAAUUGAUAGCUUUGUAAAUAACUCUGUAAAUAAAGCAGAUACCAGAAUAAAUCUACAGCUAGACCCUUAGUCAAAAGUUAAAGACAAGUUUACAAUUUAAUUCAGAAUGUGUAGUUUAAAAGAAACUUAAAAAUUCCUAUCCUUCUGUACAGAAAGGCUUAUCAUGGCAGAGUUAUUAUACAGUGAAUACUAUUUCUGCUGUACUUUUUUUAAAAUUAACACCAUGUGCAAUAUUACUGAUUUUUUCCAUUCCGUUUUUUGUGGACACAGUAUGUAGCAACUGGAAAUUUAAAAAAAAUAGAUUUUCCAAGUUUACCUUUAAUUUAUCUAAACUUUUGUUCAGAUAACAUUAGAAGGUAUACAUACUGCGGUAUGUUUGUUAGUCUUUUGUUUGAUUUUGUUUUCUUGUCUCCAGGUUUUGGUGUCAGUAUAUCUACAUUCAGAAAUGUAUAGUAUGGACUGUAAAUAUCUGUUUUUUGUGUCUGUUCCUGUUUUUUAUGUGUUUUCUACCUUUACUUUAAGAAUAUAUUGUUGAUAUAAUUGUAUAUGCAUUUUGGUAAAUAUAAGUAAACUGUACAGAUCUAGAUCUAAACCUAUUUCUCUACUCUUUAGUAGAGUUCGAGACACUGAAGUGCAAUAUUUGUGCCCAAAUUAAGCAAAUAUUUGCUAUAAGAGGGCCUCUUUCCUUUUUUUAAGACUUAUCUUUGUAGUUUAGUGUGAAGUACAGCAGAAAUAAUAUUGUAUCUGUCAUUUUAAGCCUAUAUUCCAUUUGUAAUUGGCUCUUUACCUUGAGUCUGUACAUAAAAAUCACAAGGAAGGCGGAUGCUUUCAGUGCCUGAUUCAUUUACAGCUAUGACUGUAAACUGCUAUUUUCUAGAGAAGAUCAGAAAGAUGUUCCGUCAAUUCAACAAAUAAGUAUAAAUGUAAAUAAAACCAUACACUAAACUUACAAGACUAAGGGAAUUUUACCAUUCUAGCUCAACUGAUGAAAACCACUGAUAACAAGAUGUGCGUUAGGAAGGAACUUUUUAAGCGAUGUGAUUAUCAAUCUACAUCAAAAGUACAAAUGAGUAGAAUUUCAAAGAGAUGUGCAGAGGGAGAAAUAAGGCUCAUGACUGCUUCCUGGGAUGAAUAAGAAAUACUCCAGGAACACACACACACAAACACUCACAAAACAACAAAAUCUCACAUAUGAAACAAGAUAAAUACUACUAAGAAAAGAAUACAGAAGUAUUCAUGGAAACAUUGGUUUCCUUCUGUUGCCUGUUCUUUAUUUUCUGCUUUCAUCCUGGUAACUGGCCAUUAUUUUCUAGGUGCACAUUUCAUGACUUUACAGAAACACCUCCAACUUAAUUUUUCUCUAUAACAAAAUCAAGAAACUGUCUUGUUUCAGUAUCACACUAAACCAAGAAACAAUUGAUGUUUUGUGGGGAGGGGGGGAAGUGAAUAUUUCUUGUUGAGUAAAUUAGCUGUAGACUUUGUAAUGUGUAACUUGAGAUACGUAAUUUAUGAUUAAACCAUGUGUAAAUGUUGUAAUAUAAAUUGUGCUAAAUGUAUAAUUUCAUUGAUGAAGGUUUCCAAUGAAUGUUGAGAAAGCCUCUCUUAAUGUGCCUGGCUGACUGAGUAGUGUUUUAAAAAUAUAUUGUUCCCAUUGUGAUGCUUUUUAACUCAUAUUUGAUUUGGUGUAUAGAAUAACUUCCUGACUUUUAACUACUAAAGGUUAACGAGUGGAAUUUCCAAUUAAUUGAUAUUUGGUUUUCUUUUAUGUUUGUUAACAUUCCAAGGGAUUUGGAGCAUAUUGGUUUCCCAGGUGCAUGUGAAUCCUGAAGGACUAACGAUGUCUGAAAAUUUACUGGAAUAAUGUCAUGUAUGUGUAUUGCUGUUAUUGUUGCUGUUGUUACUGCUGACAAACAUUUUAAACCUGGGGAAGAUUUAAAAAAAACCCAGAAUGACAAAAUCAGUGCUUCCAGUAGAUUUUAGAAUGUGUUUUCACUCAGACAAAAGAAAAGAAAACUUGCAACAGUUAUGUGAGACAUUCUUAAAAAUUGUAUUGUUUCCCCAUUUUUCCUUUCCUUUGCGUUAUUAUCUACAGACACACACAUUUAAAAGGAGAUAAAUAAGAGAAGCUGAAAGAAUGCUGAAUAAUCUAUCAGGACUACAAACGAUUGUUAU